AUGUUCAACGACGAUAUAAAAAAUAUUUAUAUAAAAAAUCACAUCAAGAAAAUAUAUAUUGUAAAACGACAUAAUGAAAAUAUCAAUACCGAAGAAAAGAAGAGCAGUAUUCUUUACAAAAAUUUUGAUGAUUUUAUAUCUAUCCUAGUAACCAUAAGAAAACAUGACAAUCUUUUAAAAAAAUUAAAAGCCAAUAUAAAUGAUUCAGACUCUUCUAAAAUAUUAUUGGAUUAUCUAGAUUUUUAUGUCAGCAACUUCGGUUAUAAAUUCCAUUCCUUUAUUAUAGAAUACAAAAAUGAUUCUUCAAGCGAUGACAUAAAUAAUUGCUAUGUUAUAAGUAAAUUGUCUAAAAAUGACAUUGAACAAAUUGUGAAAAAUUCAUAUUCUCGAGUGUUGUAUAAAUAUGAUGGCAUCAAAUAUUUAUUGUAUUAUAUAAAAAAACACACAGUAUCAUUCGAAAAUGUUAACCCCCAUUUUAUGAAAUUAUUAAGCAAAUAUUUAUAUGUUUCACUAAAUCCAUUGAACUUGCUUAUUUUUGUAUAUUUAAAGAUUUAUAAAAAUGGAGCUAAAAAUAGCAAGGGAUUUUCAGAAGACAGUGGAAAACAGCAUAUAGACACAGUCACAAUUCAAGAGAAUAAUAUAAAUGGGAACGAUUCAUUAAUUGAAAAAAAGGAUACACAUUCAAUAAAUAAUAAUUUAAACAGGACGAACAAUCAUAUCAAAGAUAGUGAGUUUUUUUGUAACGAGUUAUUUUCCUAUUUAUGCUCAUAUGGGGAAUACAUUAUAAAACGCACAAUAACAAGUUGCUACAGUGAAAUAUAUAAUAAUAAUAAAAACGUAAAGGGAAAAUUAAAAAUAUAUAAAUGGACAAAAAAUUAUAUUGAAAAUUAUGUAAUAACUAAAUUAUCCUCACAUUAUUUUUCAAAUGGUCAAGUGAAUAAUGAUAUUAAUAAAUACUUUUUUAAUGCAUAUGCAAAUAAUUUAAAUGAAUAUAUUAAGAAGUAUAAAAUAUUUACAGAAGUUAGUAGUGGUUUUAAAAAUAUUAAUAUGUCAAAUAGAAAGUUUUCAUAUAUAUAUGAAUUAAUUUUAUUUUUAUAUUUUUCAAAAAAAUGCUUAUAUCAUUUAAAUGAGAAUAUUAAUUUUGUCUAUCAGUUAUCUCUCUAUAUUUUAUAUAAAUCUAUAAAAAUGAUUAUUACGUAUUUAUAUUUUAAUUUGCCAGAAUAUAUGUGUCAUUAUUUUUUGAAUAUCUAUAUAAUGUUUUUUAAAAAAAAAAGAGAAAAUGUACCAUAUAUAAUGAAAAAACUGAAGAAAAAUUACAGAAAUAUUAUGGUUCAUGUUAGUAAACAAAAGAAGUCAUAUAUUAGAGCAAAACUAUGUAAUUCUUUUAUAAAAAAUCGAAGUAGCAGUGAUAAUAUUAUCAACAAUGUUAGUAAUAACGAUGGUGGAAAUAAUAAUGAAGAUAAGGUAGAAAAAAACGGGGUAAUCGAAAACAAGGAUAUGAAAAAAUUGGAAAUUAUCAAGACUAAACUCAAAGGUUCUGAAAGUAAAAGAAUUAAAAAAGCAUUAAGUCUUACAUAUUUUGAUAUAAAUAAUUAUGAUAAAAGAAAAGACAAAAUAGAGGGAUAUCAAUUAAAUAAAUUUUUAAAUUUUCAUUCACAUGGAUCUAUUAUACAACUCAAAUAUAACAAUGAAGAACAGCUUAGAAAAAAGGAAAGAGAGAAGAAAAAAAAUAUGACCAAAAAAAAUGAACAAGAAGAAAAUAAAAUUAUUACAGAGAUCGACAAUUUAGACGCCAAGACAAAAAAUCGAAUAAAUGGAUUGAUAUAUCCAAAUAAAUUUGAAACUAUAAAAAGAUAUUCAUUAUUAUAUAAUAUGUAUUACAACAAAAAAAAUUAUAGCACAAUUGAUAAUUCGUUACAAAAUAUUUUUUUAAAUGUAAAUGCUAUGCACAAAGGAAAGAAAAAAAAAAAGAAAAAUGAAAGCACAAAAAAUAAAACUGAAAAUAAGAACAAAAAGAAAUGUAAUAUAUUUUCUAACAAGAAAAAUAUCCGUAGUCCAAAAGUAGCAAAUACUGUUUUUAAAUCAAUAUUUGAAAACAUUUUUAAGCAAAAUGAGCAUCUUAUAGGUAGCAUAUCCUAUGAAGACGAUAAAGAUAAAGUAGAUGCUUGUGUAGAUGAAAAUCAACAAAAUAAUAAUAAUGAAGAUGACCAAAAACUACAAAAACAAGUUGAUGAUCCUAUUAAUACCGAUUUAAAUGAUUUCGAAAUAGUUUUAAAUGAAAAAGAAAACAUAGACAUUUCUAUUCCAAAUGAUAUAGUCCAAUCUGAUGAUAAAUCAGACGAAAACCAACUAAAAGAGCAAAUUGAUAAUGACAAUGUUGUAAUAAAUGAGAGUCAUAAUGAGGAAAAAGAAAAUGAGUUGGAAUACCAAGCAAUAAAAGACGACAUUGCGAAGGAUGAAAUGGGAAAAGAUGACAUUGUGAAAGAUGAGAUGGAAACUGAAGAUCUUCCACUUGAUGCCCCUACACAAUUUGAUACAGUAAAAGAUGAGAUAACAAACGACGACGGUGCAAAUGAUGUGAUUAUAAUUGAUGAUAUUAUGAAAGAAGGCCUAACAAAGAUGCAAGUAAAUACAUUAUGUUUCAAUAACAAUGAAAUUAUUAUAAAUGAUAAUUAUUGCAAAAAAGAGAUUGAAAAUAAAAUCCAAAAGAAAAAUAGUAGUCAUAUUGUAAAUGCAAAUAAUAAAGGAAAACACUCUAAAGCGACUUCAAAGAAAAGUAUAUAUUACAUUAGUGGGUCCAGUAGCUCUGAUGAUUCAACAGAUGAUGAAGAGUUUGUUAUUGGAAAUAAAAGAUCAACAAAAAAAAAACAUAAACGUAAAAAGAAAGGUAAAAAAAAACAAUCUAAAUCGCCACGAAAAAGAGAAAGGAAAUCAUUUGAAUUAGAAAAUAAAAAGGAAAAUCAAACGAGUUACAGAAGGAGUAAAAGAUUAAUGAAAAUUCCAAAAUAUGUCUAUUAUAUUUCUGAUACUUCAAAAGAACCAAAGCUAGCUAAUUCUAAUAAAAUUUCAAAAAUAGCCAAAUCUACAAUAAAAGCACAUGAUAGAAAAGAGAAGGAUGUUAAAGAAACAAUCGAAGGAAAAGAAUCAAAUGAAAACAACAAAGAAUUAAAAGAAAAAAUAUAUGACAAUGAAAGUGUGAAUGAAAAUGUUGCUCAAAACAAAAUCGAAAUUAGUAAUAAAGACAAUGAUAUAAAUGAUGAAGAAAAUAAUAAAGAUGAUCAAAUAAAAAAUGUAAUGGAAUCUGAUAGUAUUUUUAGCCAUGAUAAUAAUGAUAUAGAAAGUAGUAGUAAAAAUGUUGCAGGCAGUACAAAUUUAGAUGAAGAUAAUGAUGAAAGAGACGAAGCAAAAGACAUUGAGCAAAUCACGAAGGAAAAUGUUGAUGGAGAUGAAAAAAAUAAAAAUUCCUUUAAAAAAAGAGAAAGCAAAAACUUAAUAUUCGAUUUGUCAUUUAGUGAUUGCGACAACAAUGUGUUGUUAGUAGAUACAAGAAGCAUUAAAAAGAAGGAACAAGAUUUUUACGAAAUAGAAGAAACUGAUGCUUCUACAUCAGAUGAUGGAAAUAUUAACAAAAUUAAAAACUUACCAAUAAUAGUAAACAAUUCUUUAAUUGCUAAAAAAAAUAAUAUUAAAAUUUGUGACAAUGAUGAUAUGAAAAAACGAAAAACAGAGUAUAUACGAUUACAAGGUGACGAUGAUAUAAUAAAUGAAAAAAAUAGAGAACUAUGUAGAGAAAGCAAAGAACAAGAAAAACCAUUUUUAGAUACAUAUGAUGCAUAUUUAAAUGAAAAAGUAGAUGAUGAUAAUGAAAAAACAGAGGUACAAACUAGUGUAAAAUCGAUUGUUAUAUAUUUAUUUGAUCAUUUUAUUGUAGGAGCUAUUAAUUUAAUUAAUCCAUAUAAUAUUGCUGAAAAGGAAAGAUAUAAUUAUUUUACACAAGUUCAAUCAAAUAUUAAUGAUACAGAUCACACACAAAUAUAUAAAUAUAAUACUAAUGAAAAUAAUAGUAGUAAUACUAUUUUUACGAAUUUUGAAGUUCAAGGGGCUUUAAAAAAAAAUACAAAAAUAGAUUUAUUAAGUAUAACAAAUGAAAAACGAGUUCUAACUAUUUUAACAAAACAUGGUAAAGGUAUAAAUGGUUGUAUAUAUAAAUGUUUAGUGGAUGGGAAAUUAAUGGCUUGUAAAAUUCAAAAAAAAUUAUAUCUAGCAAAAAAAGAAAUAUAUUUUUCGUAUAUAUUAAAAACAAGACGGUCUAAUAAAUUAACAAAAUACGAAAAGCAAAAUAUUUUAAGUCGACCAAAUAAUAACGAUGGAAAUAAACAUAUUUUUUAUGAAAUUCUUAAAGAACAUGAAAGUAGAUACAUAUUUCCUGAUGAAUUGCACUACAAAGUAGUUGAUAUUCAAAAAGGGAAUAGUAAAUCUGCAAAACUUUUACAAUCUUAUUAUAAAACAAAUAAUAAUGAAAAUAAUGAUAUCGAAGUUGGAAAUUCUCUUUUACUUAUGAAUACGUUCAAAAAUGUCAAAACAGUAAAUGAUAUUAUAAAUUAUUUUAUAAAAAAAAAUUAUAAUGCUAUAAACGAAGAAUUUAUUUUAUUUAUUGUAUAUCAAAUGGUAGUUGCUGUGUUGCAAUUACACCUAUUAGAUGUUGUACAUGGAGACAUUAAAAUUGACAACAUUUUAGUAUCAAAGGAUGAUAAUCAAAAAGGUGAAGGAAACGACAACGAAGCAAAUGACUCAAGUGAUAGCAAAUCUAAGGAAACAAACACUACAAGAAAUAAAACUGCAUCUAAAAAAGGAACAACUCAUUCAAGCAAAUAUGGUUCUAAAAAUAGAUCAACUAAUGAAGGAAAAAAUAAACAGAAAAAAACAAAAUCUGCUGAAGUUUCACAAAUAAGUGCAGGAAAAGUAAUUGAUUAUUUUUUAAACUCUGAAUUGAAUAAAGAUAGUGAUAAAUCGUUUUUAAAAAAUAAUUUUCCUGUAAAUUUGUUUUUAGUAGAUAUUGGACGAGGGAUUGAUAUGAAAAAUUUUAAAAAAUAUAUGUUUUAUGGUGAUAAAUAUUGUGAUUGUUAUAAUUUUUUAACAGAUUCAAUAUUUACUUAUCACAUCGAUUUGAUAGGAAUAGCUCAAGUAGCUAGCUGUUUAUUAUUUUAUAAGCAUAUAGGAAAUACAAAAUAUAAGUAUGAAAAAAGAAUAGAAGAUAAAACAACCAUAUCUAUCAACAAUUUUGACCUAACAUAUAUGACACAUAAUUCCCAUUUUCUCAAAACUAACAUUAAUAGAAAUAAUGAUCAUGCAACUAAAGUUAGUAAAAGUCGAUAUAAAGAAUUAGAAAAUUUUAUAAAAAUAAAAGAAAAAUUAUAUAGAGAAAAUGACCAACUAAAUCAUAAAAAUAAAUCAAUAUCAUUAUUGAAUAACAGUUUUAGACAUGAUAUUACAGGAAGUAAACUUCGAGAAAAAAAUGAUAUUUCUAGUAGUGUUAUUAAAAGAAAAAGAAGUUCAAAUGAAGAUGAAAAUAUUGCUAAUAAAAAAAUUAAUUGUGAAAAUGAAAAAUAUAAAAAUCAAAAUUGUAAAGACAACGAUUUAAAAAGAACAGAUAAAAAUAAUGGAGAAAAUUUAGAUGAUAUUUAUUUUAUGGAUUAUUUUCGAAUUUUUCCAAUAGAUAAAAAAAUAAAUGAAAAAAUUUCCAACUAUUUUAAUCAGAUUAAAAAGAAUGGAGAUAAUUAUUUUGUAGAAAAAGCUGAAAAAAAAAUAAAAAGUUUUUAUGUAAAAUUAUUAUUAAGUAAAAAAAAAUAUGCACAUUUUUGGGAAAUAUUUUUUCAUGUAUUAUUAAAUUUUUGUAAUGUAUAUGAAUUGGAUAAUAUAAAAUAUAAUUCUAAUGACAUUAAUUCGAUAAAUGAAGAAAUUAAUUCAUUUUCUAACAAUAAAAUUAUUAACAAAGAAAAUAAUUAUUAUUUUGAUUUUGAAAAAAAAAACUGGAAUGAAAUUGACCAUAAAAAGGGAAAAUCCGUUGACAUUUUUAAGCAUGACAAAAAUAAACUCAAUAAAAAUACAAAGUUAGUUAAUUUAAAUGCAAAAAAGAUUAACACUGUAAUUGAUAUAUGCUCUAAAGACACCGCUUCAGACAAUGGAGAUCGUGAAGAGAAAUCGUCAUCUUAUGAUAUAAAUAAUACAAGGAAAAAAAAUAAACUUAGGGACCAUAGCUAUAAUUUUUAUAAUAAUAAUUAUUGUGAUAAUGCAAAGGAUAACAUAUAUAGUGAUAAAAUGUCAAACUUUUCGAAGAAUAACCCAAUGAAUAAACGAGAUAUAAAUUUAAACGAUAAAAAUAAAAGAGAUCAUAAUAAUAUAGCAGAUUUAAAGAAAAAAAAUAAUCCUACUACUACUACUAAUAAUAAUAAUAAAUAUUUUUUUAUAAAAAAUUCUCUUUCGAACCUUAAAGUGAUAAAAAAAACUGUCCAUAAUAAUAAAAACACUGUUGAAAAGGAUGUUAAAAAGGAUGUUGCAAUAAGCAAGACUCAAACUAAAAUAUACAAUUACUUUGGUAAAGCGACCGUAAAUAAUAAAAGGAAAUUUUAUUUUUUUGAAAACGAACAAAAUAAAAGAAAAUGUAGAAAAUUAAAUAAUAAGAAAUAUUACAAUAAUAAUGAUACUAAAAAAUCGACAAGAUAUAUCAACAAACUUUUGAAAAAAAAAACUAUAAUUACACUUGUAAGCAUAAAAAAAGCUAUUGAAAACAUAUUUGAAAAUACAGAAACCCAAGACACUUUACACAAAGAACUCAAUUUCAUAUCCACUAUCCUCUAA